CUGUUCAGACACCAAACUGCUUGCUUCUGUCAAAACCCUACUCUUAAACCCUGAUACUGCUUAAACUGUCAUUCCGAGGAGUGUGAUGUGUAUUACAGAAGGUACAGCUUAAAGCAUUGGCUCUCUGUGUGCCCAUUGUUAAACCCUAGCUGCCUCCUCUUUUCUAUUCUUACUCUUCCUUUUCUUAAACCCUAGUCCUACUCUCUGUCUCUCUCUCUCUCUCUCGCUGAGUCAUGAAGUCGAAGAGCAUAAAGAAGAAGUCUUUUGGUGGCAAGGGAACUAAAAAGAGCAAGAAGUUCUCAAUCAUCGACGAUCCUUUCUUCAGCCACCAAUCCAAGAAGAGAAGAAGGCUCGGUGCAGAAGAUGAUGACAUCGUUGAGAGCGGCGAAUCUGACGAAGAUGACGAGCUAUUCAAUUCCCAAUUAUACGGCCGUAGUGAAGGGGCGGCGGAGGAGGAAGCUGAGUUGGCAGCCGAGACUGCAGAUGAGAAGAGGCUGAGAGUCGCCAAGGAGUAUGUAGAGAAGAUCAGGGAGAUUGCAAAGCGGCAGCGAGAUGACGAGGAAGAGGAAGUGGGGGAGAGAGAUGAAGAUGAGAAGGGCGGCGAGCGGGACUCGCUGGUGGCACAGAUUCUGCAGCAGGAGCAGCUUGAGGAGAGCGGACAAGUGCGGAGAGCAAUUGCUGCCAGGGUGCAAAAGUCAGAAACUAGAGAUGAAUUUCGGCUCUUGGUGAAGCACCGGCAGUCUGUUACAGCUAUAGCUCUAUCCGAGGAUGACUUGAAGGGUUUUUCAGCAUCCAAGGAUGGCACCAUUAUUCAUUGGGAUGUUGAUAGUGGUAAAGGUGAAAAGUACCAGUGGCCCAGUGAAGAAGUGCUUAGGUCCCAUGGUUGCAAGGAUCCUCAAUGUCGAGCUGCCAAACAUAGUAAAAAAGUUCUAGCAUUGGCUGUUAGCUCUGAUGGUCGGUAUUUGGCAAGUGGAGGCUUGGAUCGCCAUGUUCAUUUGUGGGAUACACGUACGCAAGAGCAUAUACAGGCUUUUCCAGGUCACAGAGGACCUGUGUCAUGUUUAACCUUUAGGCUGGGGACUACCGAGCUGUUUUCUGGUUCAUUUGACCGAACCAUAAAAAUUUGGAAUGCAGAGGAUAGAACUUACAUAAACACGCUUUUUGGUCACCAAAGUGAAGUACUGUCUAUUGAUUGCCUACGAAAAGAACGGCUCUUGACUGUUGGGCGUGAUCGAAGUAUGCAGUUGUGGAAGGUCCCUGAGGAGUCACGGUUGGUAUUUCGUGCCCCUGCAUCAUCUCUGGAGUGUGGCUGUUUUAUUAGUAAUGAUGAAUUUUUAUCCGGCUCUGAUGAUGGAAGCAUUGAGCUUUGGAGCUUACUACGGAAGAAGCCUGUUUUCAUUGUUAAGAACGCGCAUACUUUGUUAGCUACUCACAAGAACUUUGAACGAAGAGAUGAUGGAAGAACUAUCAAUGGUCACAUAGGUAGAACAGAAAAUGAAAAGUGCAAUCCUGAGAAUAAAUAUUGUUCAUCAAAUUCCUGGAUCAGUUCAGUCACUGUUUGUAGAGGCAGUGAUCUUGCUGCAUCAGCGGCUGGUGAUGGUGCUGUUCGUUUGUGGGCUGUUGAAAGUAAGACCAAAGACAUUCGACCUUUAGUUGAUCUUCCAUUGGCUGGGUUUGUAAAUUCUUUGGCUUUUGCUAAAUCUGGACGGUUCCUUCUUGCAGGGGUUGGACAGAGACUUGAGGCCCAUCUUGGUGUGGACAUAUGAGAAGGCAAUGAUUGUUGAUGACAGAGAGGAUGAUGCCACCGCCCCUGUGCCUCUGCUAGAAACACCCCUUGCUAUGGUUGCGGGGACCCGAGCCCCCUCCUGUUUUCAAAUUAUUAUUAUUAUUACUGUAGAUAAAAAAAUUCUAAAAAAAAAAGUGAGUCCCAGGGCUGUCACUGAGGCAGGUCUAAUGGAGAGUUGUCUCCAUUUGACGUAGUUAUGGACAUUGCAACAAUUUGUAAGCUGCAGUGAUUUGUUUCAAAGAAUUGAAAGUUUAGCAACUCCAAUAGAUUUUAGUCAGUAGUUCAGCAACACCAAUUGAACUUGCUCCAAAUUGUGCAAACAUUAAACUGAAUAUAUAAAUUUGAAAUCAUGUGCCCUGCACUGUAUCCAAAACA